CAAAAUAGCACCAACAAGUUGUCAUAUAACGGCGUAAUUUCAUAUUUGUACCUACAUUUCAGGUUGUAUGUCUGUAUCAGUAAUUAUGUAAUCACACACAUAUAAAUAUGUAUUGCAUAAAAUCACACAAUAUAGGGUUUUGAUACUACUCGUUACAUUUGUUUUGAAACUAUUAACCGGAUAAGGGAUGUUUUGCCUUAUAUUGUUGAUGCCGCUAAUUUAGGAUGGCAAAAGGCGCUCAUUUACAAUUUCGGCUUAUUUGUUGGAAAUCGUGGACUUGAACCCCCUUGUUUUUAUGUUAGAUAUGUGUAUGCUUUUUAAUUUAUUGUCUUUUUUUGUAUUUUCCUAUUGACGAAGGCGGAUAGUCGCACCGCGCUCGUUAAAUUCGUGCUAAGGAAGUUAGCCAAACAGUUAGCCGCCGAGCGGCGGCGUCAGCUUGCUCUCAUCUCCCGCAUUCUCAGCCUUUCCGCCGCCCUGUCUAACUCUACUACGCCGAAACUCAUUUUUGGAGCUCCGCUUGGAAAUGCAAAAAAUUAGAAUUCUUCCCCAGCUGUGUCCACUUCCUUGACGAGAUUCUGCUCCUUCUUCUAAUUUUUGACAAAGAAAGCAGUGUUGAGUUUCUUUCUCGAGACGCAAUAGGCAAAAAGCUCUCACAGUUCCGACGGAUGGCUCCACACAAGCACAGCUCCUCGGCCGGAGGCCACCCGGUGACCUCUUCUGGCGGCGGGACGAGGGCAAACGGACUGCACCCUGCUUCUUCGUCUUCAUCCGAAGCCAAGAAGCCCAACAUGCAGCUCAUCCAAGCCGACCACGAGUUGUUCCUUCAGGCCUUCGAGAAACCUACCCAAAUCUACCGCUUUCUGCGCACCAGAAACUUGAUAGCCCCCAUAUUCUUACACAGGAGUCUCACCUAUAUGUCGCACAGGAACUCAAGGAAGAACACAAAGAGGAAAAGCUCCAAAGUGGAUAACUUGCUCUUCCAAGUGGAAAAGAUGCGAGAUGAAAGGGAGACAUGUGGCUUGGCAUCCAAUCUUCAGCUCACCUUCACUGGCUUCUUCCACAAAUCGGGGCAACCCUCUCAAGACUCUGAGAACGAGCAGGCGACUGUGUGUUUGGAAGUACUCCUAGUCAAAGUUUGUCACAAGAAGAGGAAGGAUGUAAGCUGUCCGGUGAAGCAGGUUCCGGCAGGGAAGAAACAGGUUCCUCUCAACCCAGACUUGAAUUCCACCGCCGGCAGUUCGGUGCAUUCUGGAAGCUUUCCAAGUCUGCUGCUGCCGAGCAGCGAAUUCCAAGCCAGCAACUCGCACAUGGUCAAGUCCUACUCGCUGCUUUUCCGAGUGUCCCGACCAGGAUACGAACACGUGCCGACGUUUAACGGCGAAGUGCUGGACAGGAAGAGGCGGAGCUCCCCCCUCAAGGAGGACGGACAAAACACACUGGUGGCUCAGAUGACAGUCUUUGAUAAAAACAGACGCCUGCAGCUGCUUGAUGGCGACUACGAAGUUUCGAUGCAAGACGCGACACAGCAAAGCCUUCUCAACAACGUGACUGCCACGUGGGAAACCAUACUGGACACUAAGCACUUACCUCCUUUAGAGACCUUUAGCGACGGCCCGACUCUUCACUUCGCUCUCCGUUGGACCGACAACACGCGGGACGGUUCUACGGCGCCCGUGGCCAAACCUCUGGCUACACGCAACUCGGACACCAACCAAGAGAGCAAAGGUGCCAACGCGCCAAAAAACCCAGCGCAAGCUGUAAAAGAUAGCAUCAACGCUGACAAAGUCCACACAAGAACCAGAGAACACGUCCCGGCGGAACCUCGACCCAAACUACGCAUCUUCUACCAAUUCCAGUACAACAACAACAGUCGUCAGCAGACGGAGGCUCGAGAUGACCUUCACUGUCCUUGGUGCACUCUGAACUGUAGGAAGCUAUACAGUCUGCUCAAGCAUCUCAAACUGUCGCACUCGCGUUUCGUCUUCAACUACAUGCCUCACCCCAAAGGAGCCACUAUCCAGGUGUCCAUCAACAAGAGCUACGACGGCUCGUACACGGGGAACCCUCAGGACGUCCACGGCCAGCCAGGCUUCGCCUUCAGCCGCAACGGGCCUGUCAAGAGGGCCGCCGUCACGCACAUCCUGGUCUGCAGGCCCAAGCGCAGCAAGCCGAGCUUGUCCGAAUUCCUGGAGUGCGAGGACGGCGAGCGCGAGCGUCCCAACUCGUACGUGAGCGGACACAACAGACUAUACUUCCGCAGCGACAGCUGCGUGCCCCGUCCGCCGCAGGAGAUGGAUGUAGACAGCGAGGACGAGAGGGACCCCGAUUGGCUGAAGGAGAAGACUGUCAAGCAAAUUGAAGAUUUCACCGACGUGAACGAGGGCGAGAAGGAGAUCAUGAAGCUCUGGAACCUACACGUCAUGAAGCACGGCUUCAUCGCCGAUCACCAAAUGAACGAAGCGUGCCUGCUCUUCACUGAGCUGCACUGUGAUCACCUUGUCCGCAAGAAUCUGCGCCGCAACUUCCUGCUGCACCUGGUCAGCAUGCACGAUUUCAACCUGGUCACCACCAGAACCAUUGACCUGGCGAUGGCUAGACUACAGGCCGCCGCCCACGGGGAUGAACAACCGCAACAAGAAGACGACGACGACGAAUGGGAGACGGCUGUGGAGUCUCUAACCGAGACGGAACUCGACCUGCUACAGCAUCAGGACACCAGCAUUGGGCAGCAGAGUCAGACCACUGUUUUUAACUGACUGGAACUGAACAGAACUUUAGGUUGGAAACUUCAACAGUGAUUUUGAAAGUUAAAGCUUUUGAAUUCUAGUGCGCAGACACACUAACUUCUUUACGAUCGUGACACAUGAGACAUUUUGGAAGUCAGUAGAAGUGAACAUCUGUGUCUUUGAGUUGAUCAAGACUGAAGGAUCAUGGAAACGCCAGAACCUCAGGUUUUCCACAGAACUUUGUUUGUAGACCCCAAAAGCUGAACUUAUUCGUUUGGAACCUUUAACCAUUUGUUGGGACUUUGAGGUCUUGAAGACUGAAAAACUCUGGAUCACACAGACAUCUGGAUAAAGCAGUUGUUUUUUUCCAAUAUCCAAAAAUUUGAUGACAUUUCCCAUGCUCCAGUUGUUGGGUGACAGUAUAACUGACCAAUGACUUGGGUUUACCAGAUACUCUAAACCAGGUUAUUUGUUUGGAGGUAUAAGCCAACGUUUAGCACUCAAAGAUUCUGAAUGGAGAUCGGAACGUUAUAUUACAUUUACUCUCCGUUUUCUCUGCAAACCUCUUGUGUGUUCAUAGAAAUUCCACAAUUAUUUUGGAGUCAGGAUAUUUUUUAAACUUUACAAAUUUCAAAGCUGAAAAAUUCUGGAUCAUGGCAAUAACCAAAAAAAUCAUUUUUUUUGUCUGAAAACAUGGACUUUAUCCAGCUUCCUGACUGAACAAUGACAGUAGAUUGCCCAGAAACCUUUACUGGAUUGUUUGGCUGAAUCUGGAUCAAGAUCACCAGGUUUUUUUUUUUGUUUUUUUAAAUAAGAAAUCUCGGUUAUUUUGUGCAUAUUACCAGGUAACCUUUCAGUUCCACAAAGCUUUUUCUGGAUGCUUAACUCAUGAGGACUCGGUUCAAAUGGACUUUUGGGUGUUAACGAAUUCUAUCAAAUGUUCCUGACACCUCAACACUUGGAUGCACUGAAGAGGCCUAUGCGAUUUUAAAUAUAUCACAUGCAUUUUUGCUUAUUUCCCUCAUCAGUGCUAACCUCCUCCUUUCAAUAUAUGAUCCAGAAUCUUUGUUACCUCAGAGUCGACAUUGCCUUUUUGCCAAAAAUGAACCCGUUGGCUCCCAGUGAAGACAAUGGACGUCCAUCCCUUUGGAGGGCUUGCAGGAUCGGACACCGGUUGCCGUCGCUUGGAAAAAUAAGGGUCAAAAAUCAAAUAUGAAGCCAGCAGAGCGCAAGUGCCUUUACUUUGCUUUCUUCCUUAACCCAGCAGGAAAAGUUUUGAAAUUAGCAAUCUGUUUUCAUGAAGGAAAAAAAACAGGUGUGCUUUGAUUAAACCAAAAGCUCCUUUCACAGUGUGCUUGUUAGCUUAGCAUUGGCUAAUUUGAGUUGUUUUUUUUUUUUUUUCCCCGACACCCCAGCAGCACCAGUGUUUUUUGCACAAAAAUGUACAAGUGGCCUGAUAUGAACUUUGUUUUCUAUUAAAAGGGGCACAUUUGUACAGUUGACUUUUUGGAACAAAAAUUUUAGUAAAAGAAACAGCUUGAGUGAGUUAAUAAAAUAAUCAGGAAGU